AUGACGCGAAGAAAAAUUAUGCUCAAGUACAUUGAGAACAACACAGAUCGGAAGUCAUCGUUUAAAAAGAGAAAGAAUGGAAUCUUAAAAAAGGUGCAAGAACUAAGCAUCCUUUGCGGUAUUGAUGCUUGCGCUAUGAUAUACAGUCCCUAUGAAGCUGAGCCUUUUGUUUGGCCGUCACCAUUGGUAACUCAACAGAUUAUUUCUAGAUUUCAGGCCCUACCAGAAGCGGAAAAAACCCGAAAAAUGUUCGACCAAGUAUCAAGUAUUGACCAAAGGAUUCGUAAAUCUCGAGUACGAAUUCAGAAGCUACAAAGAGAUAACAGAAUAAAAGACACGGAAAUUCUGAUGCAUCAAUGCAUGGCUGGUUUUACAAGUCUGCAAAAUGUCUCUCUAAGUCAUCUGAUCGAAAUGGGAUGUUUGGCUGACCAAAAAAUGCGGGACAUAGCAAUCCGAAUGAAAGAAUUGCAAACAAAUGGGAUGCCUACCCUAGCUUCAGGAUUCCAAUCUAAACAUAACGCCGCAGAUGUAGAGCUAAUUGAGAGAAUUAAUUCAAUUGAAGAAAACCCAAAUCCUCUUCGUCUCUUCAUGUCUUGCACCACCACUAUUGUCUGCCGUCAUGACCGAUUAUUGCCGGGAAACCCAAUUUUUGUUAACCAUACUGCAUUUUAUUCACUUUACUUCUUUUAUCUGCUACAUAUAGUUGCCAUGAGAGAAUACAUGUUCAAUGAUUUAUAUGAGAGCGUGUGGCCGAGUUGGCAAAAAGGCAUGGCCUGGGAAACUGGGUUGGCUUCGACGAGGGUUCAACCCACGCUUGAGACAUCCGCCUUCUCCUUGGAGAAGAUUUAA